GCAUUUUGAAGUGAGUGUUAAAAAUUGUUCGGUCGAAUUUUCUCUUGAUUUUCUCAGCGUUUUCGAUGGAUAUCACUCCCAAGAUGUCGGUUGAAGAAGGUGCAAGUAAUAUCAAUGCCACUAGAUUGAAAAGUUUUAAGCACAAAGGCCGUGAUCAGGAGGAAAUGAGAAGGAGAAGAAAUGAAGUGACUGUAGAACUAAGAAAAAACAAACGUGAUGAACAUAUUUUGAAAAGAAGAAAUGUCCCAACCAUAGAGAAUUUAGAUUCUGAUGAUGCAGAUAUUUCAGUUAAUGCUUCGUUAGAAACAAUAGUUCAAAAUGCAGCUAGCGAGCAACCUGGAGUGCAGCUUAGUGCAGUGCAAGCAGCAAGAAAACUUUUAUCAAGUGACCGUAACCCACCUAUAGAUGAUCUUAUUGAGUCUGGUAUUCUCCCUAUUUUAGUCCACUGUCUGCAAUGUGAUGACAAGUUAAGCCCAUCACUGCAAUUUGAGGCCUUGUGGGCAUUAACUAACAUAGCAUCCGGCACAUCAUCACAGACGCAAGCAGUAGUUAAUGCUGGUGCAGUUCCACAUUUUUUAAGGCUUCUACACUCUCCACAUCCUCAUGUCUGUGAACAAGCAGUCUGGGCUCUUGGGAAUAUUAUAGGUGAUGGUCCACAGUGUCGAGAUUAUGUAAUUGGGCUUGGAGUUGUGAAACCUUUAUUGUCAUUUAUAAAUCCAAACAUUAGACUUUCAUUUCUUCGGAAUGUUACAUGGGUAAUAGUCAAUUUGUGUAGGAAUAAAGACCCACCACCUCCUGUUGAAACUAUCCAAGAAAUAUUACCAGCUUUAUGUAUGCUCAUACAUCAUACAGAUACUAAUAUACUUGUAGAUACCGUCUGGGCAUUGUCGUAUUUAACGGAUGGGGGAAAUGAACAAAUUCAAAUGGUCAUAGACUCUGGAGUUGUACCUUACCUAGUCCCUUUAUUAAGUCAUCAAGAAGUUAAAGUUCAGACAGCAGCACUGAGGGCAGUAGGAAAUAUAGUUACAGGAACUGAUGAUCAGACACAGAUAGUACUCAAUUGUGAUGCAUUAUCACACUUUCCAGCUUUACUUUCACAUCAAAAGGAAAAAAUCAAUAAGGAAGCGGUAUGGUUUUUGUCUAAUAUCACAGCUGGUAAUCAGGCACAAGUACAGGCAGUGCUAGAUGCUGGCUUAAUACCACAGGUCAUUCAUCACUUGAGUAGGGGAGAUUUUCAAACACAGAAAGAAGCUGCCUGGGCAAUAAGUAACUUAACUAUCAGUGGUAAUUGGCAGCAAGUAUACUACUGUAUAGAACAACAUGUAAUAGAACCAUUUUGUAGCCUAUUGACAGUGAAAGAUACACAGGUUGUACAAGUUGUCUUGGAUGGCAUUAAUAAUAUCCUAAAGAUGGCUGGUGACAACGCUCAGUUUAUAGCUAACAUGAUUGAAAUGUGUGGAGGAUUGGACAAAAUUGAAGCAGCACAGAAUCAUGAGAACGAGGAAAUCUACAAACUUGCUUAUGAAAUUAUUGAUAACUUUUUUUCAACUGAGGAUGAUGAGGAUGCCCAGAUUGCACCCGAAAUAUCUCAACAAGGCUUCCAAUUUGAUCCUAAUACCACCAUACCAUCUGAAGGAUUCAAAUUCUAAGCAGUAUCAAAGUUUCCCCCACUGUGCUUCCAACAACUUGACGAAGGAAUUAAAAGUACAAUAUCCUGCAAAAGACGACGACAAUUGAAAAAUACGUUGGCAAAUUAAUGAAUUAAAGAAGAUAAUAAGCCUACCAAGACAGGAUGAUCCAGCGCAUGAAAGAUUGUCUAUUUAUGUGCAAUUCUAGUACAGUGAAUGUCCUUCAACCCAACAUUGCUACUUUAAUUUAACAGAACAAAGUAACUCUGGGUUGCCACAAGUGUGGCAAUCUUUGUAAUGUUCAAUUGUUCUACAACCUACUGAUGAAGGGCCAUUGCUCAGAACUUCUGAUUAUAUACAAUUACAUUGGGCUAUGAAUACCAACUGUAUGUACAAUUAUCAAUGUUACUAAUUAUCAGUUCUAGUAAUUAUUACCUACUCUCAGAUAGUUACAGUUUCUUUGCAUGACAAAACACAAUUUAUUUUAUGGAUUAUGGAGGGACAGUGUAACCAGAAAUCACAUUUUAAUAUUGAGAUAUAGUUUAUUAUGAUUAUUUUUUUCAACAUUUUUUAAAGCAAGUUAUAAUUACUAUGAUGGAUUAUUUGCUGCAAAGGUUGUAUGUCACCCCCAACAAUCUUACACAGAUUACAAAUGAGCUUUAGAAGACAUGCUCUAUAUUGAAAACUAGUUCAUUCAACUCUAUUACACAAGUGUGUCAUUUGGUUUAAUGGGAUGACAAUACUUGCCACCAAAAAGUCCAUCUUUUUGUAUGUCUUUUGUUUUAUAUGGUAAUAUAAAACUUUUUCUUGUUCUA